CUCUCUCUCUCUCUCUCUCUCUCUCUCUCUCUCUCUCUCUCUCUCUAGCAAAACCCUUAUUUUCUUUCUUCUGCGAUAAUAUCCAUACAAAAUUCAAUAACCCUCCGAAAACCCACUCCGUAAACAAACCAUAACGAUCCAAGCGCCGAACUCAACAUUUCAUGGUUCGCAUCACCGAGUUGAAUCGGAUUGGAAUCUGAGUUUAUCGUUUAUCGUUGAUCGAUUGACGCGCUAAUGGGUGCUGCUGGUUCCAAGCUUGAGAAGGCUCUAGGUGAUCAAUUCCCCGAAGGAGAGCGUUACUUCGGUCUUGAGAAUUUCGGUAACACUUGUUAUUGCAACAGCGUUUUGCAGGCUCUAUACUUUUGUGUUCCGUUUCGGGAACAACUAUUGGAGUAUUAUGGAAAUAACAAAAGCAUAGGGGAUGUGGAAGAAAAUCUUUUGACAUGCUUAGCUGACUUAUUUUCACAGAUAAGUUCGCAGAAGAAGAAAACCGGUGUCAUUGCUCCCAAGCGAUUUGUACAGAGGUUGAAAAAACAGAAUGAACUCUUUCGCAGCUAUAUGCAUCAGGAUGCCCAUGAAUUCUUGAACUUUUUGCUGAAUGAACUUGUUGACAUUCUGGAGAAAGAGGCUCAGGCAUCAAAGACUGAUCCAGAGAUACCAGCACCUUCUGAAAAGGUUGCAAAUGGAUUCAAGAAUGGACAUGCUAACGGACCUCAGAAAGAACCUUUAAUUACUUGGGUACACAAAAAUUUUCAGGGAAUACUCACCAAUGAGACGAGGUGUUUGCAAUGUGAAACUGUGACAGCUAGGGACGAAACAUUUUUUGACUUGAGCCUUGAUAUUGAGCAAAACAGUUCAAUUACAAGUUGUUUGAAAAAUUUCAGUUCCACUGAGACUUUGAAUGCUGAGGACAAAUUUUUCUGCGACAAAUGCUGCAGUUUGCAAGAAGCUCAGAAGAGAAUGAAGAUAAAGAAACCGCCUCACAUUCUGGUCAUUCAUCUCAAGCGGUUUAAAUACAUGGAACAGCUUGGCCGGUACAAGAAGCUGUCUUACCGGGUUGUUUUUCCCCUUGAGCUGAAGUUGAGCAACACUGUUGAAGAUGCAGAUAAUGAGUAUUCUCUAUUUGCGGUAGUUGUUCAUGUUGGGAGUGGUCCCAACCACGGGCACUAUGUCAGCCUUGUGAAAAGCCAUAACCACUGGUUAUUUUUUGAUGACGAAAACGUGGAAAUGAUUGAUGAGUCUGCUGUGCAAACUUUCUUUGGAUCACCACAGGAAUAUUCAACUAAUACAGACCAUGGGUACAUUUUGUUCUAUGAGAGCCUUGGCUCUGAUAACAAUAACUAGAUGGAGGUGUUGUACUACUUUUAGGUACUCAAAUCAUUUGGACCAGUAUUUUCCAUCUAGUUCCUUUAUUUAUUUUCAUGUUAUACCAUUAUUCAACCUGUUGGGGGAGCUGUUACAUUCGUUAGAGCAUACAGGUUGUGUUGUGAAAUGUAUACUUAGGUGGUUGGCAUGUACAGUGGAUGGUGGGAGCACUGUCCUUUUUCGUCUCCUUUCUCACAAUAAGUGCAGUAUAUAUAUGGUGGAAAUUUUGCCGACAAUAUGUAUUCAUGGUUGCAAGUGUUCAACCAACAUUAGAAACACAAUGAAAUGUAAAAUGCUUGAUGCUUAACCAACAUUAUUUUAGUUCC